AUGAAGGGGGUUAAUGAUUUUUUUAGAAAAGUGAACGAUGCUGAAAAAAUGAAGAGAUACCUGUCAGACCAUAGCUCAUCGAUAAAAAUAUAUUGUUUCUUUUUAUUAUUAGUUUUUAUAUUUUAUCAUUUAUUUUCAGAUGGAGAUUUUUCAUUUUUAUUAACUCUAUCAUCAGUAAUUAGUAUGUUUUCUUUUCUUAUGGUCUUUUUAAAAAUAGAAAUGAACAAAUCAUGUGCAGGUGUUUCUUUAAAAAUGAUGGAAUGCUAUGUAGUUUUAAAUACAUCAAGAUUAAUAUCCAUCGUACCAUUUGAAGGAUAUUUACCAUAUGAUAAAAGUGGAGAUUGGCUAUAUCAAUUAGUUGAAGCUGUUUCACUAUUUAUUAAUUGUUGUAUUGUAUACUUGUGUAGAUAUAAAUACAAAAAUACAUAUGAUAGUACCAAUGAUAUUUUCAACAACUUAUUUUUAAUUAUACCAGCUUUUAUUAUUGCAAUUUUUGUGCAUCCAUCAUUGAAUUCCUUUCUUCCAGCUGAUGUUGCUUGGUCAUUUGCAUUAUAUUUGGAGUCAGUUUGUGUAUUACCACAAUUAUCCAUGUUUCAAAAAGAAGGAAAAGUAGCUGCAUUUACUACUCACUUUUUGGCAUCUCAGGCAUUUUCAAAAGUUUUAUCUUUCUUGUUUUGGAUAGUGUCACACAAAGAAUUGAACUCCUCAGAUAAUAUUAUUAAAUCAUAUGUUGGUUUUUGGGUUGUCAUUAUGCAAAUCGUUCAACUUGUUUUAAUGGGAGAUUUUAUUUAUCAUUAUAUAAGAUGUUUAAGUAAGGGUGUAUCUUUUGAUAAUUUAUUAAAUGAAAAUGUAUAA